AUGGCUGGUGUAGGUGUUAUUGGUGCAUUGAGACAAAUCUCUUCGAAAUUUCACCUUUUAUGUUUGCAAAAAAAUACCAAGUAUUUUUCAAGUCUUGCUGCUGGAACACAUGUUAGCUAUGAACUAAAGGAUGACGUAGCAGUAGUCAAGAUAAAUUCUCCAAAUUCAAAGGUUAAUACUUUGUCUAAAACUGUACAGCAAGAAUUUGUUAAAAUAUUUGAUGAACUAUGGCUCAACAAUGAUGUGAACAGUAUAGUUCUUAUCUCUGGGAAACCAAGUUGUUUCUUGGCAGGUGCUGAUAUUGGAAUGUUGAAGGCGAGCAAGUCUGCUAUGGAAACAACUGCCCUCUCUCGUGCAGGGCAACAGAUGUUGGAAAAAGUGGAAAAAAGCAAAAAACCCGUUGUUGCAGCAAUCAUGGGCAUGUGCUUAGGAGGUGGACUGGAGGUAGCCCUUGCUUGUCAUUAUAGAAUAGCUGUGAAAAAUAAGAAGACAAGCUUGGGUGUUCCUGAAGUGAUGCUUGGACUUCUUCCUGGAGCAGGUGGCACACAGAGGCUGCCAAAAUUGGUAUCUAUUCCCAAUGCUCUUGACAUGAUGUUAACAGGUAAAAAUAUCCGUCCGGAUAAAGCAAAAAAGAUGGGGCUUGUUGAUCAAAUUAUUGAACCUCUUGGCCCAGGCAUAAUGGAACCUGAAAACAGAACACUUGCUUAUUUGGAAGAGAUUGCUGUAAUAACAGCCAGAAAUUUAACAAAAGGUGUUAUAAAGAGAGUGCCACGAAAGAGAAACAUAAUUGACAAAAUUACUGACCUUGUAUUGAAGUAUGACAGUGGCAGAGAUCUUAUAUUCAAGCAAGCAAUGACCAAAGUGAUUAAACUGAGUGGUGGCCUUUAUCCUGCUCCUUUGAAAAUUUUAGAUGUAAGUCUUUGCUUCAUUCAUUUAAAUUUAUUGUAUUACAAGUGGCGUUUAUAA